AUGAGGUACAAGCCAGGACAAUGGCUUUUCCUGAACUGCCCGGAAGUCAGCUACCACCAGUGGCAUCCAUUUACGAUCACUUCCUGCCCCAACGAUCCCUACAUCUCUGUCCACGUCCGUCAGGUCGGUGACUUCACUCGCGCUCUUGCUGAUGCCCUUGGUGCCGGUCAAUCGCAAUCCAAGCUCUAUGACGAGCUCGACCCCAUGGGCAUGUACGAGAUCGCGCUUCAGCACGGCCAAAAGAUGCCUAGCCUCAAGAUUGACGGACCCUACGGAGCCCCCGCAGAAGACGUUUUCGAGAACGAAGUCGCCGUGCUCAUCGGUACCGGUAUCGGUGUGACACCCUGGGCGUCUAUCCUCAAGUCCAUCUACCACCUCCGCCUCAGCCCCAACCCGCCCAAGCGUCUCCGCCGUGUCGAAUUCAUCUGGGUCUGCAAAGAUACUUCUUCCUUUGAGUGGUUCCAAACGCUGCUCUCCUCCCUCGAAGCGCAAUCCCUGGGCGGCGCCGACGGCGACCAGUUCCUACGCAUCCACACCUACCUCACACAGAAGAUGGACGCGAACACCGCACAGAACAUUGUUCUCAACUCCGUCGGCACUGACAAGGAUCCUUUGACCGAACUCAAGUCGCGGACAAACUUUGGUCGUCCCGACUUCCAGCGCUUGCUGAGCGGCAUGCGCGAUGGCAUUCUGGACCGCACCUACAUGAACGGUCUCGAGAGCACGCUCAGGACGGAAGUCGGAGUGUACUUCUGCGGACCCAACGUCGCAGCGCGGGAUAUCAAGAAGGCGUGUAAGAUGGCCACGUGCCAGGAGGUUAACUUCAAGUUCUGGAAGGAGCAUUUCUAA